AAGGUAUAAGAGGAGGCUCGAGGCCAGAAGCAUCCUGUCUAGGUAGCUGGGUCCCAGGAGCCUGAGGGCACAGAAAGAGUCCACGUCGUGACCCCUCUGCUACAGCCAGGAUGGGUCUGAGGGUGGCUCAGACAGGUUUUGUGGUCCUGGUGCUGCUCCAGAUCUGUGCUGCAUACAAGCUGAUCUGCUACUACACCAGCUGGUCCCAGUACCGGGAGGGUGAUGGGAGCUGCUUCCCAGAUGCAAUCGACCCCUUCCUCUGUACCCACGUCAUCUACAGCUUUGCCAACAUAAGCAACAAUGAGAUCGACACCUGGGAGUGGGAUGACGUGACACUCUAUGACACACUGAACACACUCAAGAACAGGAAUCCCAACCUGAAGACCCUCCUGUCUGUUGGAGGAUGGAACUUUGGUUCUCAAAGAUUUUCCAAAAUAGCCUCCAACACCCGGAGUCGCAGGACUUUUAUCAAGUCGGUGCCACCAUUUCUGCGGACUCAUGGCUUUGAUGGACUGGACCUAGCCUGGCUGUACCCCGGGCAGAGAGAUAAGCAGCAUUUCAACACUCUGGUCAAGGAAAUGAAGGCUGAAUUUGCAAGGGAAGCCCAGGCAGGAACAGAGCAGCUCCUGCUCAGCGCAGCAGUGUCUGCGGGGAAAAUUGCCAUUGACAGAGGCUAUGACAUCGCCCAGAUAUCCCGACACCUGGACUUCAUCAACCUUUUGACCUAUGACUUUCAUGGACCCUGGGACCAGAAAACAGGACAUCACAGCCCCCUGUUCCGAGGCAAGGAAGAUGCAAAUUUUGACAGAUUCAGCAAUGCUGACUAUGCUGUGAGCUACGUGCUGAGGCUGGGGGCUCCGGCCAAUAAGCUGGUGAUGGGGAUCCCCACUUUUGGGAAGAGCUUCACUCUGGCGUCUUCCAAGACAGAUGUGGGAGCCCCGACCUCAGGGCCGGGAAUACCAGGCCGGUUCACCAAGGAGAAAGGGACCCUUGCCUACUAUGAGAUCUGUGAUUUCCUCCAUGGAGCCACCGUCCAUAGACUCCCUGGCCAGCAGGUCCCCUAUGCCACGAAGGGCAACCAGUGGGUGGGGUAUGAUGACCAGGAGAGUGUCAAAAACAAGGCGCAGUACCUGAGGAGCAGGCAGCUGGCUGGCGCCAUGGUGUGGGCCCUGGACUUGGAUGACUUCCAGGGCACCUUCUGCGGACAGAAUCUGCACUUCCCUCUCACCAAUGCCAUCAAGGAUGUGCUUGCUGGGGUGUAGCCUUCUGUCCUUGGGCACACGGUGGGGCAGAGAUGCCCCUCAACACCUGGCUCUGACUGGCCAGGAGCCUGAUUCCCUGCCCUGCUGGGGCCCCUGUGGAGCCUCAGUCUCCCUGCCAUGGGCCCAUGCAGAGGGCCCCAGUGCUGCCAUCUGAGCUCAGCUCUGGUGGACAGGCAGGUAGGGGUGGGGCCGCGGGACCAGCACAGCGUGAGACCUGCUGAUUAAUGAUAAUGCUCAACAGCUCCAAGCCCCACACGAGAUUUCUUCAAACUCCCUCCCCCCAGGCCUCCAUGCCUAAGGACACCCUUUCGGCAAGCUCUACCACCACGUAGCCAAAUAUCUUACAAUAAGCAGCAACCACACUAAUUAUAUCCUCUGCAAAGCCUGACUUGACACCUUUACCCGGGAACAAAAUCGUGUCCCCAUCCCACUUCCCUUUCCUGAUUCUGCAGCUGCUCAAUAAAGCACCGGGGCUCACCCGUUGUUGGUGCUUG